UGGUCCCUCGGACUAAGACUGGCUGGAACUUCAGGGCUCUGAUGUGUAGAUGAACAACUCAUAUCUGGCUAUGGACCCUCCUCCCUCUGCUUCCGGCAUUCACUAGCUUUGAGUUGAACAACAUGUUCGGAAUUAUCCAGUCUCCUGGAUUCCCCAAUCCAUAUGGAAACAACCUCAAGCAGAACUGGAAUAUCUCCGUUCCGGGUGGAUUUGUGAUAAAACUCUACUUCUCAUACUUCAGCCUGGAACUCUCGUACCUGUGUGAGCAUGACUAUAUCAAGAUUGUGUCGGACGGAGUGGAGCUGGCCAGGCUGUGUGGUCAGAACAGCACGGACACGGAAGACGCACCAAGUGACAAACGAUUCUAUUCCACCAGCAACAACAUGACAGUAACAUUCCACACAGACUAUUCAAACGAGAACAGCUACCCAGGGUUUGUAGCACAUUACGCUGCAGAAGAUGUGGAUGAGUGUAACCUGCCCGAUCACGAACAACCUUCGUGUGACCAUUACUGUCACAACUAUCUGGGUGGCUAUCACUGCUCUUGUAAACUGGGAUACUUCCUGGAUUCAGAUGGAAGAAAUUGCAGAGAAAGCAGGAUAAGACUGAAGGGUGAAAACUGGACCGGAGGGGUUCAUGUAGGGAGAGAUUGCGCAAGUCAUCCUCAAGCCAUACCUCUACCACAGCAAACCGACAGCUGCUGUUAAAUCAAACAGACUGAAGUUCAGUGAGUGGAAUUUUGUGCAGAGUUCAGAUCAAGUAAUCCCUGAAUUUGAUAUAGGGUCUAAAAUGUUGAAACAGCUCAAAACAAGGCAGCCAGUGUACACAGUGAGGUCCCACUGAACAGCCAGGAGUGAACAAACCUAUUCAAGGCUCUGGGCCUUUUCGCUCAGUGUCCAUUUAAUUAUUUGCAGGAAACCAAUUUUAAUAAUAAUUUGGGGAAAAAGGUUGCAUUCCUCAAGAAGACUGUUGCUGGUACCAGACUCAGAAACCAGAAGGAUUCAAUGUUUACAAAUUCUUUUACAAAACUUUUUAUUACCAAUGCAAUUCUGAUGCGUGCAGGACAUUUUAUACUGGACAUAAAUGUGGCAGUGCACUUUGAUUUCUCAGCGAUAGCCUCACUGAUCUCAGACCAGAGCCCAGACAGAGUUCUGGACUCACAACACCAACAUUUUAUAUGUGAAGUAAAGUAUGAAUACAGGAAAUAGAAUGGUUGUCCUUCAGUCAGGAUGGAAAGAUUAUAAAUACUAACGGUAACACUAGCUCCACACAGGUUGGGGAAAUGGUAUUCAAUCUCAUUAUGAGCUUAAACAAGUUAACCCCUUGUGUUCUGGACAACAUUAUAUGUGACUUUGUGACAAGAGGAAUCCCAUCAUAAUCACAGAACACAAAUAUCCCUAUAGCCUUAACGUAAGACAUCUGCCGUAACAUCUCAUCUGAUGGGAAGCAUAUCUAGCCUCUAAAGAAUUUUAUUGUAUGAACUGAAGAGCCACAAGGAAUAAUAAAUGUGUCGAAAUUUAGCACAUGUACAAUAUUCCCAAUGAUUCCUAUUGUGCAUAACAGAUCAGCAGUUCAGGCCUCCACUGGUUUAUUACCGCACUCAGUGGGAUAUGGGUGGAUGUACAGACGGCCCAUGACAGCCCAGUUUAAAUCAUCAUAUACGAUAAUAUUUGUCAAUAAUCAAUGGAAACUACAGACUCUGAUCAUUACAACACUUGCAUGCAUAUUUCAGACUCCCAUAUUGCCCCUACUCAAGAGGAUCCAUCGAUAUUUCAAAACCACCCUUGGACUCUAGACAAGAUGCAGUGUUUUGUCUGCCCCAUCAUGCCACCCCAAGCCCCAAUUCACGAUGUUCAAGCCUUGAAGUUCAUAAAAAUGCUCCAAUUUCCUAGAGUCAAGACACAAGGAAAUCGACAAAAGCCUCAUGGGUUUGAAAAUAGUGGUUGUAUUAGAUUGUUCAACUUACAUGUGCAAAUCCCAAUGAUGGGUGCAGACAGGAGAGAAUAAGAGAUGCACCCUGAAACUGCCACCACAGCACCUCCAGCCUUCCAGAGGGAACACCGACAGACAGGAGCCUGGCACUUCCAGCUGCAAUACGUUGGGACUCUUAACCCGGAGUCAAUCAAUAUUUCAACUCACCUGCCCUCAGUGCAAGUUUCCUGAAACCUGGUCACUGGAUGCUGGACUGGUCACUGGAUGCAGCAAUGCAUAGGAGAGGGGCGUGCAAUCUCUGAGGGGCAGG